GUUGGCAUUUGGAGUAUUCCUUGUGCCCAUGAGACAAUUGCAAACGGGCUGGUUCUGCAUCUCGGUUCAGUUCUGAUCCAUUAUUCUUUUUCUAGCCUGAAAAGAAUUAUCACUUGUAUGAGUAACCAAACGAAUGCGUACUUUUAAUUGGACACGUCCAUCUUGCUCAGAAUUUUGUCCUCCUCGCAACCAUGAAAAGAAAUAGGACCUCUUUACGUGUAAAAUUGGAGAUAUAGCGCCCGAUAGUCCUUAAGGCCUUGAAAAUAUAAACUUGCAAAAAGAGAGUAAAACCCAAGGUAGCUCCAUUCUAAAUAUGUAAAAUGCAUGUUUUACUACCCUAGAUUUCACACAUAAAUAUGUUCAUCAUUGCUCUCCCUCCACACACAGUAUCUAUUUCGAUAUUAGAAAAUCCAAAGAGGGGGUGGGGGGAGGGAGUACCAUAUGAAUAUUCUAGCCGCAAGGACCUCCGAGCACAGGGCUUUCUCAUCCCUAUUAAUGUAUACUUUCCACACAAUUCGCUAGAGGUGGCAAAUGUAGACGACGACUCUUAGGAAUGUGAUUCCAAAUACCAUUAACCAUUUGAUAUUAGCUUGGUUCUUAGCUCUGGUGGUUUGCUCUUUGAGUUCAGAAAUUAAUGAGCCACAGCUUCAUGAGUAACUGCAUCCAAUGGAAGCAACCAUUGAUAAUUAACACCCUCUGAUGAAUGUAGUCCUAAUAAACAGGAUUAUUUUUCUCUUGCAAUGUUCUUCUAACACCAUCAUUAUACCUUUCAAGGCAUUAAUUCCAAAUCAGAUGUUACUUUUUAUUUGCUUGAGUCCUAUUUUAGGUGUUUGUUCUCUAAUAUUGUCAGUGGUUUUUCUCCAAGGGCUAAUUCUCCCAAGCUAAAUUGCCAGAAUUACUUUAUUUAGCUGUACAGGUGCUCCUUUUCGCUACUAUGUGAAACUUGUUAUUUCAGACAUAGUCAAUUAAUCUGUGCCUUGCUUUAUUGUGAUUUGGGCUUCAAUUGGUAAACAAUGCUGUCUAUCUUUUUUCAAUUUAGAGUGAGUCACUUCGCAAUAUUUGUAUGUACUGAUGUUGUUCAUGCUAAUAGAAUGAAUUUAAUUCACAGAUAAUUUUAUAAUAUGAUACAAUUUGAACAUAUUGAACUCAGAUCAUGUCAAUUACUUUCCUACUGCUUGUGCUUGUAGGGGACAAAUAUGCUUUCACGCCUUUUGCAUGUGCGCCACCAUACAGCAAAACAAGCUGUUAUUACAGCUAUUGAUUUGUUAGGUCAAGCUGUCAGUAAUGCUGCUGAAAGUGGUGUGUCCUUCCCAUUAAAAAGAAGAGAUCAACUGCUUGAUUAUGUACUGACUUUGAUGGGUCGAGAUGAUGAUGAUGAUGAUGGUGAUGGAUAUGCCAAUUCAAAUUUUGAAUUUCUCCGUACUCAGAGCUUUGCUUUAAGUGCUUGCACUACUUUGGUUUCUGUGGAGCCAAAGCUGACAAUAGAAACAAGAAAUCAUGUGAUGAAGGCAACAUUAGGUUUCUUUGGGCUGCCAAAUAAUCCUUCAGACAUCAUUGACCCCCUUAUAAACAACCUCAUAACUCUAUUAUGUGCAAUUCUUCUGACAAGUGGAGAAGAUGGCAGAAGUCGUGCAGAGCAGCUAUUACACAUUCUGAGGCAAAUCGAUCAAUAUAUUUCCUCUUCAGUGGAGCAUCAAAGAAGGAGAGCUUGUAUUGCAGUGUAUGAAAUGCUUCUCAAGUUCCGAAUACUUUGUUCCAGUGGAUAUUCUGGCCUUGGGAGCCAUGGAAGUUCCAUACACAACAAGCAAAUUGACCGAGUGCUGCAUGGGAAUUUUUCCAACCUGCCAUCUGCAUUUGUUCUACCAAGUCGAGAUUCCUUAUGCCUGGGGGAGAGGGUCAUGGUUUAUCUUCCACGUUGUGCUGAUUUCAAUUCUGAAGUUCGAAAGGUGUCAGCCCAGAUUCUUGAUCUCUUCUUCAGCAUAUCUCUUUCUCUUCCACGGCCAGCGGGAUCAGCUAUCAGCAUGGAUAUAGAAAUUUUAUACAGUGCUUUAUCCUCCCUUGAGGAUGUCAUUGCCAUUUUGAAGAGUGAUGCUUCCAUUGAUCAAUCAGAGGUCUUCAAUAGGGUUGUUUCCUCUGUUUGUACUUUGCUAAUGAAGGAUGAGCUUGUUGCCACCUUGCAUGGCUGCGCUACUGCUAUAUGUGAUAAGACCAAACAGUCAGCUGAAGGUGCCAUUCAAGCUGUUAUUGAGUUUGUUACAAAGAGGGGAAAUGAGUUGAAUGAAACUGAUGUUUCCAGGACUACACAGUCUUUGCUCUCUGCUACAGUGCUUGUACCUGAUAAACACUUACGUCAGGAGAUUCUGGGUGCUAUAUCUUGUCUCGCUGAGAACACCAACUCAAAAGUUGUCUUCAAUGAAUUAUUGGAUGCUGCGGGUAGGGAUAUAGUUACAAAGGACAUAUCAAGGUUGCGUGGUGGCUGGCCUAUUCAGGAUGUCUUCUACGCUUUUUCCCAGCAUACAGUACUUUCUGUGCUGUUCCUGGAUCAUCUGGUGUCAGUACUUAACCAGACUCUGAUUGUUAAAGGUGAUUCAGAGAGAAGAGACAAUUUAAGUCAUUCCGUUGAGAGUCAUAUCGAGGAUGAAAUCCUCCAAGCAGCUGUUCUUGCUCUGACUGCUAUGUUCAGAGGUGGUGGUAAGAUUGGGAAGAAAGCUGUUGAACAAAGUUAUGCGGCUGUUCUUUCUGCUCUUACACUUCAUUUAGGAAGUUGCCAUGGUCUAGCUGCAUCUGGUCAGCAAGAACCUCUAAGGAGCCUUCUAACAGCAUUCCAGGCAUUCUGUGAAUGUGUUGGGGAUCUCGAAAUGGGAAAGAUCUUGAUUAGAGAUGGAGACCAAAGAGAAAAUGAGAGGUGGAUCAAUCUUAUUGGAGAUUUGGCUGCUUGCAUCUCUAUAAAGAGGCCUAAAGAGGUUCCAACAAUAUGUAUGAUUCUGACUGGCGCCUUGACUCAGCACCAAAAGCUUCAAAGGGAAGCUGCUGCUGCAGCACUAUCUGAAUUUGUGCGUUUUGGUGACGGGGUUGGUUCCUUGUUGGAACAGAUAGUUGAGGCAAUGUGUCGACAUGUUUCAGAUGAGUCACCUACCGUACGCCGCCUUUGUCUGAGAGGGCUAGUGCAGAUCCCACCUAUUCAUAUUCUUCAAUAUGCUACUCAAGUUCUUGGUGUAAUUGUAGCUUUAUUGGAGGAUCCAGUUGAAUCAGUUCAAUUAACUGCAGUACUCUGCUUGCUUACAUUUUUUGAAUCAUCACCCAAAGAUGCUGUGGAUCCAAUUUUGCUUAAUCUUACAGUACGACUGCGUAAUCUACAAAUAAGCAUGAAUGGGAAGAUGCGAGCCAAUGCAUUCGCAGCAUUUGGAGCACUGUGCAACUAUGGAGUUGGUGCACAACGUGAAUCUUUUAUUGAACAGGUGCAUGCAGCCCUUCCGCGCCUGAUUCUUCAUGUUCAUGAUGACGAUUUUAGUGUCCAGCAGGCUUGCCGGUACACUCUUCGACAGAUGGUGCCCUUAAUGGAAGUAGAAAGCUUGUCUUCCCUAUUCAGCACACAUUAUUUCAAUUCUGACCACCGAAGUGAUUACGAGGACUUUGUUAGGGAUAUCAGUAGACAACUCUGCCAAAACUUCCCAUCAAGAACUGAUGCUUACAUGACAUCACUAGUACAGGCUUUUGAUUCUCCUUGGCCAAUUAUCCAGGCAAAUGCCAUUUACUUCUCUUGCAGCAUGCUGUCACUUUCAGAUGAUGAGCGCAUCUUAGCUCCAUUCUGUACACAGGUGUUUGGAAUUCUGGUAGGUAAACUGAGUCGGUCACCAGAUGCUGUUGUUCGAGCAACUUGCUCCUCUGCCCUUGGCAUGUUGCUGAAAUGUGCUAAUUUAGUUUCAUGGAGGGCAUCACAAGUUGAUCGUGUUGAAUCAGUUCGGAGGGCAUCACAAGUUUCUGAGAAGGCAAUCGUACAAGAGUGAUGAGUUUAUUGUGCUAACCUACAGAGGCAACAAAAUUAUGUCACAUCCUUGGUCCAGAUUCUUUGUAUCAUAGUUACUUUCACAUGUUAAGGAGGGAAAUAAUGUAUAUUUGCUGAGCGCUGUAAUUGUUGUUUAUAUCUUUUCUAGAUUCUGUAAUUUUAAUGUUGUAUAAUCAUAAUGUUGUAUAUUGCUCUAGGACGAUGUAUUAGAACUCCGCGUUUCCAAAUAAAGCUUUCUUGUGGAAUCACCAAAA